AUGGCGUGCUCAAUGAUAUUCCAUUUGUCACCUGUCAUUGAUGAUGAAAUUGAUAUUUUUAUGCAGCUACAAUUGUAUUUUAAAUCCAAGCCACCAGAGGCAAACAAACCACAGCCCCCAUCUACAGCCAAUGGUACAGCAGCACCUGGUGUUCCACCAAGGCCCAUGCCCCCACCACCUCAAGCUCCACCACCACCUCCUCCUCCUCCACAGGGGCCACCUCCUGGUGCACCUAUUGGAAAUCCUCAUAGAGCCCCUCCAACUCCAAUGCCAAGAUCAUUGCCACCCCCUCCUCCUAUGGCAAAUGGUCCCAGACCUGCACCUCCUGGUGGAAUGCCAUCUAUCCCGCCCCCUCCCCCAGUUGGCAGCGGCACAUCAGGAGGUUUCAACAUGGGUUCUAGACCGCCGUCAAUGCCACCUCCACCCCAAGGUUUCCCAUUCCAACAAAUACAGAAUCAGGGUGUCCGGAUGCCUCCACCUCCCCCUAACAUGGGACAGUAG